AACAAUUUUUUAUGGACACGGUUGUUAGCAUGGAUUCUUGAGAAACUAAAAAUAGAAUUGAUAGAAAUUUAUUUCAAAAAGACGCGAAUAUCUUUUAAAUUUUUGAUCGGAAAUCUUCGCCUUGCUACCGAAUAAAUUGACCAAUAUUGUGCCAGACAUGUGCGUACGACAAUGGCAUUUAGGAUUCCAUCUUGUUGCCAAAUUAUUGAAUGUGGGAAAAACACAGACAGGCUUAUAAUUAUUUUUGAUGUAUUUUUAACACGUUAUUUCCAAAUUAUAUUUUAAUACUUCCACAAAGUUCAAAGCACACCUAUGAAAGAAAACAAAUUGAUGUUUUCAGCCUUGGAAUUAAAAAGUGUUUGAUUUGACAACAUUGGAAAGGUGUAUAACAAAACAGCCAGGUAGAUGUAUUAACUAGUUAAUAGUACUGAGUACUGACACUAGCCAUAGAGCGCAGGGGUACCGAGGGUACCUACAUGAAUGGCAAUGUUCAUGUGGAUUCGAAAAGUGCUACAGGUGAAAAGAAAUGUAUGUGUCGGCAUUUCCAUUUAAAAGAUGUAUUUUCAUUAACAAUUGUGUAGUGACAUAGCGUGGUGUCCAUAAUAAUUAGAGAACAUUGUCACCUGGCUUUAUUUAAUUACAUAUGUGUAUUGUUUUGCUAUCGUAUAGAGAAAUGAUACAAUGCUCAUAUCUGGUUUUCGGAUCGUUAUAAUCUCUUUAGUCCUGAUCAAUUUCAUCCAGCUAAGUGCAUCGCCAUUGGAUCCUAUCGUAUACAGUCAAGGUUUUUUUUUAAAUUCAUUCAUAAGACAUUACGAGCCUGCCCGUUAUAAUCCCUCUGCGUUGGUAACGCAUUACCAGAAUCGAUAUCGUCGGAACUCCUCUCCACGAAAACAGGAUAUUCAACUGGAAAUUAGAGGCCAUGGAAGAGUUUUCCGACUUCGUUUGACUCCUGACAAGGAAGUAUUCACUGAAGAUGUCCAUGUGGAGUCUGAAGCAGGACCUUUGGAUUUUAGAAAUGAUAUUGCAUAUUCUGGGAGUUUGGAAGAUGAAGAAAACGCUUCGGUGCAUGGGGUCAUAACGAAAGAAGGCCUAUUCGAUGGCAUGAUUUCGACAGCACUAGAGAAUUUUUACAUCGAACCAGUCAGUAGAUACCUCAAUUUUUCUGACGAAAGUCAAGAGACACCGACAUUUCACUCGGUCAUAUAUAAGACUGAAGAUGUCGAAAAUCCGCAUCGAAACGUUCCCUGUGCCUCACACCUACUACAACACGGCCUAGCCGUUAACACUUCACACAACGAACUUAACAGGACCAAAAGAUGGGUUUUGAGCGGAGAAGGGAAAGUUCCCAUUGAUUUAGUAAAGUAUUCCACCAAUCCUAUCGACACACCUUCCCUGUUUCCCAUGAUCGAUACCAAUGUACACCCAAUCGAUGAAGAAAUGACCGCCAGUGCACUCAGUUCGUUCGAUACGUUUCGAAAUAAACGUACCACCAUAGAUCCAAAAAAGACCACUUGCAUGCUCUACCUCCAAGCUGAUCACCAUUUUUUUCAAAAGUAUGGCUCCGAAGAAGCCUGCAUCGAAGUUAUGACGAGGCAUGUCCAAAGGGUUAACAGUAUUUAUAAAGUGACAGAUUUUAAUCAAGAUGGAAAACCGGAUAAUAUAUCAUUUAUGAUAAAACGGAUAAAAGUCCAUACAACGGAUGCUCUUAGAGAUCCACUCUAUCGAUUUCCUGGAAAUUACGGAGUUGAGAAAUUUUUAGAACUCUUCUCAGAGGAGGAUUAUGAUGCGUUUUGCCUGGCGUAUAUGUUUACAUAUCGCGACUUCGAAAUGGGUACAUUGGGUUUAGCAUGGACAGGAGAUCUGAAAAAUGCGGGGGGCGUCUGUGAAAAGAAUGGGCAUUACAGGGGUAGCAUGAAGUCUUUAAAUACGGGUAUAGUUACAUUGCUCAAUUAUGGCAAACAUGUGCCACCAGCAGUAUCUCAUGUGACGUUAGCACAUGAAAUAGGUCAUAACUUUGGCUCGCCUCACGAUCCCGAAAGAUGCACUCCUGGAGGUGAGGACGGUAACUUCAUUAUGUUUGCGAGAGCGACGUCUGGGGACAAAAAAAAUAACAACAAAUUUUCGCAAUGCAGCAUAAAUAGUAUAAAUCCCGUUCUUAAUUUUAAAGCUCGCAGUUCUAAAGGAUGCUUUGCUGAACCGCAAAAGUCAAUAUGUGGAAACGGGGUGGUGGAAGAGGGCGAGGAGUGUGAUUGCGGUUGGGAAGAAGAUUGUAGAGAUCAAUGUUGUUAUCCGCAAAGAAGAUAUCCGCCUCUAGACGAACCUCCUUGCAGAUUAACACCAAGAAGUGUUUGUAGUCCUUCCCAGGGUCCAUGUUGUUCUGCCGACUGUCAAGUGAAGUUCGGUAAUAAAUGUAGGGACGAUAAUGGUUGCAGGGAUGCCAGUUUCUGCAAUGGUAGAAGUGCACAUUGUCCCCCUUCAAUUAAUAAACCUAAUAAAACUAUCUGUAACCAAGAGUUUGUCUGUUUUAUGGGAGAAUGUACUGGUUCCAUUUGUUUGGCAUACGGCCUCGAGUCUUGUCAGUGUAUUCCGGGCCCGAACGAUCCAAAAACGAAAGCUUGCGAACUUUGUUGUAAACUUCCUGGCGAGAAACAACCAUGCAAGUCGUCUUUUGAUUGGAACGAGACGCCAUAUGAUGUUCCAGACAUGUAUUCCAAACCUGGAACGCCGUGCAAUAAUUACAACGGCUACUGUGAUGUUUUCCAGAAGUGCCGCGAAGUGGAUCCCUCGGGACCACUCGCCACGCUUAGAAAAUUAUUGCUCUCCGAAGAGAGCAUUGCUAGUUUCAGGAAAUGGGUAAUGGAUUACUGGUAUGCUGUAGCACUAAUCGUUUUUGCUGUGAUAACUGUACUGGUCUUAAGCACCAAACUUUUCGGUAAAAAACCCGAAACAAAACUAAAAAAGGUAACCAUAAUGCAUUCUUCGAAAAGAAAAAAUAUCCGCUUGCCAAAAACAGCGGACGGUGUCACUGUACAUCCGGCCCUUCGAUCGAAGCUCCCUCUUCGACGUAAAGUUCAUAAUGGUAAAAUUCAAAAGAAACACAGAUCGCAAGAUGGAAAAAUAAAAAAGAACAACACUAAAAAAUUGAAAAAGUCAUCAAACAGUAAGAAAACGUCGGUUACAACGGCAGCGACCGUUCAAACAAAAGCGGUGCAAGAACAAGAGAAUACUAAGACGGAAAAUACUAUUGUAAUUCCGGAAACAGGAACAAUAACAGGAGCGGCUCUUCCUAAUAAGACCAAAAAACUGUCUCCAUUGCAUAAAUCAAAGAAUCGUAAGAAAAAGAAAAAGGUAAUAGAUUACAGUUGCAUGCAGGGUGGCGAUGGUGAUGGCAAGAAAGAACUUGUUAACACAGCAACAGAUCAAGUUCACAAUCCCUUAUCACCACCAACGGCGGAUCCAGUCAAUAAAGUUCAAAACUGGCUUAUGAAAUCCCAGCUAGUUUUGCCAAAGUCGAAAUCUACUCCAGCAAACUUAACCACUGAUAAAACUAACAACAACAACAAGCCCUCACACGGAGGACGUUUGAAAUACAAAUCGGAUAAAACGAAAGCUCAUAGUACUGGUAAUAUAGCUCACGAUAAGGAAAAGGUCCGCCUCCAAGUGGUUUAUAAACCUCCGUUCAAGUUCAGUGUAAAGUUACGUAAACCGGAUAAAAUCAGUGCCGUUUUGAAAUCGGGUGUAGAGAACGCGAUCAAGAAAAAGGAUCCUAAAAUAGUGAAACCACGAACGGGUCUCCUUAUACAUAGCGGGAAGGAGAAGAAAUCGAAGACGGCAGUCGCGUCUAAUUUAAAAUCGAACCAAAUUGGCGUUACCGUAGCUAGUCCCAAUCUUCCUCCUUUGCCUUUAACUCCACCUCUUCAACCGAAUUCUAAUAAUAAUGUUAUUAAUAAUAAUAAUAAACCAAUUGACGACAUCGAUUCCAACAUACAUACCGUCCAAUCUGACUUAGAAGUCCUUCUGUCUGAAAGCGAGUUCCUCUUUUCAGAAGAAUGACGCGCCUUAGUUGUAAGUUUGUUAUUUUCAUAGGCUGUGGAAUAUUUUUUUUCUUUUUUCGAUAACAUUCCUUGUCUUCGUGACAUUAAAAGAAAACGUAAGUAUUGUAGUAUAAUACUAUACGUUAUAGAACAACAAUCCAAUAUAUUUUCUCGAAUACAUGUUCAAAAAUGUGCUAAACUAAAAUAAAAUGUACCUUCCACAAUUAGGGUGAAAUUCUGUAAUUACUGAUUCCCCUUUAUGCUCUCUCUUUCUCUCACCGCUAGUCUAUUCCAACGUAAAACUUCAAGCAUGUAACUUAAAAAGAAAUCUAUUAUGAAAUAGUCCCAAUAUGUCAAAAUGGUGCAUAUCAAAAGUUAUUCAAUCAUCUUAACAUCACAAGGUUGUCUGUCCAAAGACUGGUUGAACACGCACCUCCACUUGUCCCUAUUCUGACCCAAUCUUCAUAUUAUUCAUCUCUAACUACAUAUUUACAAACAAUAAUCUAAUCUAGAUUUCUGCUUGUAAUAAGUCUCUAAUUGGCCCUUCAUACCUCAAAAGCCCUACCAUCCUGUCUCUGCUUUCCUUUAUGACUUUCACAGCGCCCUCUGCAGUAUUUUUCAUCCUGACCUAUCUGACUUCCUUAUGUAUAUAAAGUACAAUACUUAAUUAUCGUAAUUUCUAAAUGAGAAAUACGUUCAGCACAUUUUUGAUUUGACAAGAAACUCUCUAUUUUAAAUAUACUCUAAAAGCUUA